GGCUUUGCUGCAAACACAGGGACGGUCACUUCCAGGUCUGGAGGGUUGGGGGCCCCUCGGACUUGCCAUGGGGCCCAGCAGAUGCAUCUGGGAAGGAUGGACCUUGGAGAGUGAGGCCCUGAUGCGAGAGUUGAGCACUUGGCUCCUGAUCUGCACCUGCUUCGGCACUUGGGUCGGCUUGGGAGACUCCGUCCAAGGAGAAGGAGGAGGGCUCGGGGCUGGAUCUUUCACCUGCCUCAGCAACAACAUCUUAAGGAUUGACUGCCACUGGUCUGCCCCAGAGCUGGGUCAGGGCCCCAGUCCCUGGCUUCUCUUUACCAGCAACCACGCGCUGGGCAGCAAGCAUAGAUGUGUCUUCCGGGCCAGUGAGUGCACCGUGGUGCUGCCGCCCAAGGAGGUGCUCGUGCCUUCCGACAACUUCACCAUCACUUUCCACCGUUACGUCUCUGGGAGGGAGCAGGUCAGCCUGGUGGACCCACAGUACCUGCCCUGGAGACAUGUGAAGUUGGACCCUCCCUCUGACUUACGGAGCAAUGUCAGCUCUGACUACUGUGUCCUGACCUGGAGCGUCAGUCCUGCCUUGGAGCCCCUGACCUCCCUCCUCAGCUACGAGCUGGCCUUCAAGAAGCGGGAAGAGGCCUGGGAGCAGGCCCGGCACAGGGCUCACAUUGCCGGGGUGACCUGGCUCACCCUCGAAGGUGCCGAGCUGGACCCCGGUUCCAGCUAUGAGGCCCGCCUGCGGGUCCAGAUGGCCACCCCGGAGGAUGAAACGGUGGAGGAGCAGUGCUAUGCGGGCCAGUGGAGCGAAUGGAGCCAGCCUGUGUGCUUCCCCUCUCCCCAGAGCCCUGCCCGAGGCCCCCUGUUCUCACCUCGGGGGCAACCCAACAGCAGUGCCCUUGUUGCUAUAGCCGUCUUUCUGCUGCUGACCAGCCUGACCUACCUCGUGUUCAAGCUUUCACCCAGGAGGGGGCCCGUAGGAGACCGACCAGGUGCGGACUGGCAGCAGAAAGGGUGA